UACAACCUAUUCAAGCAGCUCAAGCACCGCGAGACGGGUGGGGGUGGGACUUUGAGAAAAACACGGUGAAACAAGAUAAUGAGUGGUGGAAGAAGGCAAAAGUUGACCUCCCAGGUUGUAGCAAGUUCAAGAAGCAUGGACUUCGUAAUGAACAAGGCUUGCGCCUAUUGUUUGAGGAUAUCAGUGUCGAUGGUAGUGACCAUUGGAACCCCGCAUCUGGCAUGCCUCCCCCCUCUAGUGCAGCAUUAAAAGACGCCUUGAAUGUCGAUGGAAUCACUGAUCUGGAUUUGGAGGAUGAUACCGAGGAGCAAGCAUCUCCGACAAUAGCUAGUGGAUCUAAAGUGAGGCUUGGGAUCACGAUUUCGGAGAAGAACAAGAGACCGAAGACCGCACAAGUGAUGCAGGAGGAGAUUAGAAAGAUUAGUUCCAUUGCCCAUGCUUCACACACAUCGUUUCAGUCUUUCCUACAGAAAGAUGAGACCACCUCUGUUGCCUCUACGAUGGAUUUAGUUCGUGCUUGCAGCGCAAUAGAAGGCACAGAUGAGCACUUCAUUGCUACUGAGCUCUUUAUAAAGAGGGAGCAAAGGGAGAUGUUCCUGCACAUGACAGCUGACUCUCAAAAGGGUUGGUUGCGUAGGAGGUUUGACCUCAAGUAUGGGAACUAGUUUGUUCCAUCUUAUCUAUCGAUAAUAUUUGCUUAUGUUCUAUGCUAUCGAACAAUAUUUAUGCCUAUGUGUUGGCGAACCUAGUAUUAUGUUGUGCUAUCGAAACAA